GUGUCUUCAACGGUGCUAACAGCUCUUGAAUUCUGAAAGGCUGUGUAUGAGGCUGUAGCGGAUGUUGCGAUACUUUUUGGAGGAGACAAUAAGCUGACGAGAGCGGCAUAGGGCUACGCGGUUGAGCUCCUGCAUUUCCGAGCUGACUGUACGGGGAAUGCGAUGCAUGUGAGGUGGUCGUUACGAUUCAUGUCACGGGGUCUUUUGAAUCUUGGGUCUGGUCUGGUCUGGUCUGGUCUUUGCUGACUGUUUCUGCCGUUAGCACCGAGCACAUGUCAGAGACGUUGAACAUGGGGAUUACUAAGUUUGCCAUUUUGGUCGAGUCAGGCCAUUCUCACUCCAUUUCAAAAAUUGUUAACAGCUUCUCCUCUUUCGUCCCGAGGUAUCUUCCCCGGAUUCAAAGUGACACUAUCCCCAAUGCGGUAAUCGCUCCUACUCCACACUCUUCCUGCUCAGGCUGAGACGACACUCUACCUAGAGACUAAGGUAGACCUCGGCAUGUGGUCCCUCGUUACCUCCUUCCUAGGUAGUUCCUGCCAUCGCGAGCCGUGCUUCUAACCUCUUUCCCUGCGAAACCCCCUCUCUAUCUGCUGAUUCUUUUUAUACCCCGGAUUUCUUCUCCAUCUCUCGAUUCCUCCUUUUCUCCAUCAAUCAAUCUUGUUCUUGAUCCCACCACCAGAAGAAGCAACAAGUCAGGCGCGACACGAUAGACAAAGACAACCAGACAACAUGGCCUCACCACAGAAGCUCCGAACCCCUAUCACCGAUCUUUUCAAGAUCCAACACCCCGUCCUCCUCGCGGGCAUGAACGUUGCCGCCGGCCCUAAGCUCGCUGCCGCUGUCUCCAACGCUGGUGGUCUCGGUGUCAUUGGUGGUGUCGGAUACACUCCUGACAUGCUGCGCGAGCAGAUCGCUGAGCUCAAGAGCUACCUCAACGACAAGAACGCUCCCUUCGGUGUUGAUCUGCUUCUCCCCCAGGUCGGCGGCAGCGCUCGCAAGACUAACUACGAUUACACCAAGGGUAAGCUCAACGAGCUCGUCGACAUUAUCAUCGAGGAGGGCGCCAAGCUCUUCGUCUCUGCCGUCGGUGUCCCCCCCAAGGCUGUCGUCGACAAGCUCCACGCCAAUGGCAUUGUUUACAUGAACAUGGUCGGUCACGUCAAGCACGUCCAGAAGUGUCUUGACCUCGGCGUCGAUAUCAUUUGUGCUCAGGGUGGCGAGGGUGGUGGCCACACUGGUGACAUCCCCACAACCGUCCUCAUCCCCGCUGUUGUCGACAUCUGCAAGAAGCACAAGUCUCCUCUCACCGGCGGCCCCGUCCAGGUCAUCGCUGCUGGUGGUAUUCACAACGGUCAGCUCCUCGCUGCUGCGCUCAUGAUGGGCGCUGGCGCUGUCUGGGUCGGAACCCGAUUCAUCCUCACUGAUGAGGCUGGUGCCCCCAAGGCUCACAAGGAGGCCGUCCGCACAUCUGGCCACGACGACAACAUCCGCACCAUCAUCUGGACUGGCCGUCCCAUGCGUGUCCGUAACAACGACUACAUCAAUGACUGGGAGGUCAACCGUCAGGCCGAGAUCAAGGAGCUUGUAGCCAAGGGAGUUAUCCCCUACGAGGCUGAUCUCGACAAGCUCGCCGAGGCUGCUAGUGAUAACGAUAGCGACGACGAUGAGGAUUUGUUGGACAAGUACCGACCUUACCUCAUGGGCAAGUGCGCUGCUGUUGUCAACGAGCAGAAGCCUGCCAAGGCUGUCGUGGAUGAGUUUGUAGACGACGCUGUUGCCUGGUUGCAAAGGGGCAACAAGAUGAUUGCCAAGCUGUAAAGAACCUAUAAGAUACCAUGUCUUGUCAUUUAUCCUUGAUUUUUUAGUAUAUUUGUAGACUACGAGCAUAGUUUGCUUGGAUUUACCAUUAACAGCCUCAAUUCAAUCGGUGUAGCGUUCCUCAUAAGGUCUCCUUGAAAAGAUAUCUAUCUGUCCUUGUAAAGGUCACUCUACUCUCUUCGGUGU